GAUAAAUUAUCGGAGCUGAAGAAGUCAUUUGCCAAGAAUUUCAUAACCUUUCAAACGAAGUUGCUCAAAACGGAGGAGCCAAAGCAUCACAAAAUUCGUUUGAUUAGCAACACAGAAGACGAAGAAGCUGGGAGUAAAAUAAACGAUCCUGUGCUACACAAUAUCGUCAUUGAUGUACUGGAAGGUGUCCAAGCAAUAAGGCAGGAAAUGCUCAUGCAGGAGCAUGUAAAACGAAUUCGGAGAGAAUGGCAGAUGCUGGCCAGAAUGAUGGAGAAAUUGAUCAUGUGGGUGUUCAUUGCGUGUACGAUUGCAUUCGCCUCGUUCAUGCUGUAUGAUCGACAAGAUCCGCCUGUGAUCACUGAUGAGUACAUGAGGGAGAAAUCGAACGCCUAA